CGAGAGCUUUCUUUUGAUACCAAUUUUGAAGCAAAUGGAGGUCGGAUGAGUGAGAUAUGGAGGAGAGAAGUUUCGGGUUUUUCAAGCUUUUUCGUCAGAUCUACGACGAUCCAACCGUUGGAUCGACGAUCCGAGACCACAUAUGGACUGAGGAAGAGGAGAGGAACAUGGUGGUAUGAUCAGACCCGGCAAAUGUCGCCGGCGACCGGCGGCCGGCCACCGUGCGUGGUGGUGCCGGCGGUGGCUUCGGUGAGCUAUGGAGAUGGUUCAACAUCCAGAGGCUUCCUCAUAAAUUUUUGGAAUUUUUGAGACACAGAUAAACUUCGGGUGAUCGAGAUCAACUAUUUUCCUGCAUCCAGCAGCCACAAUAGUCGAUGGUGUACUGUGAGUAAAAUAUUAAUUUUAAUUGUAAUUUCGAUAUUAUUAUAUAUUCAAGCAUGCCCAUGCAUCACUUAUAUGCAUAUAUUUAUGUAGUUAAACUCUAGGCACGAUUUAUGUUGCAUUCAUAACUGUUGAUGUGCCAUGGAUGUUGUUGUGGUAAUUUGGAGCAGUGUGCGUGCGUUGGCGUGUGUGUGAUGUGGUGUGGACUAUGGAUAGGACGGGGUAGUCGCGACUUGAGUAAUUCGCUGGGACCCGAUCCUUCGAGGGGUAGUCACGGCUUGAGUAAUUCGCUGGGACCCUCGAUUUGGUUAUUAAGUGGAAGUCCGAGCUGAGUAAUUCGCUGGCACCAGGUUGGAUUUAAGAGAGCUGUAUAGGGGAUCAGCUCCCAUAUGUUAUGAUUGAUACUACAGGGUGUGUGAGUGCUCCAAAUUACCUUUUUGAUGUUAUGAUGUGAAAAUGUUGUUGAUGUUGCAUUUCACUCUACAGGGUGCAUUAGUUCUAGAUAGUUAUAGAGAUUAUGGUUAAAAUUGAUAUUUUACUCUAUGAGUCGAAUGCUCACUCCUGUUCAAAAAUUUUUACAGGCCACAGGAGGAUAUUUUUUGAGGUUAACCUGCUUUCUCCCUCGCAGGUCAAUUAUUACUGUUUGUAUAAACUUGUUAAAUCUUAGAAUUUCCGCAUGUGUUAGAAAUGUUUAUUUGAUUUGGGUCUGUAAACUAAAUUAUUAUUUUGGGACCUGUAAACUUAAUAUGCUAUGCAUGUUUGAUGGAUUGGAUGAGGGAGCUGAGCUCCCAUUUAUUAUUAUGUUGAUGAGUAUGUGGAGGGUGAGCUGAGCUCCCCAAUUGACUAUAUAUUGUGUUUACAGGUCGGGUGAGUCAAAAACUCCCCGUUGGUAAGUCCAUUUUAUGGCCGGACUCUGUCCGUUUGUUUUCUUGAAAUUGGGCCCAAAUGGGCCUUAGAGUUGGGUUAAUGAACAGUUAGGCUUACUACGGGCCUCGGGGGCUUUAGGCUGGCCCAGGUCCUAGUGCCGGUCCGGCCCAUAGGUUGGGUCGUGACAGAUGUGGUAUCAGAGCUUAGGCUCCAGAUUCCUAGGGAAUGUUGUCUAAAGUGUUGGGAAGAGUCUACUAGGAGUCACAUGAGGAAAUAUAGGGUCCACAUUCGUCUUGCAUUGUCAUCUUUGCUUCUAGUUUCUGCUCCAUAUGUUAUGUAUAAAUAUGAGUCUAUAGAGCUGUGUAAUGAGCAGUUUUGAAUUUUUGUGGGCUAAUGUUGCUAAAUUUCAGGAAAAUGCGUAGAAGCAGGAGAGCUGCCACUGCACCAGAACCAGAUGUGCCCGACGAGGUGUCGGCACAGGAUGAGGCGCCUGCCCCGAGGAGGCGGGGUAGGAGGCCUAGAGCUGCUCAAGUAGAGGAGCAGCCACCCCCAGUACAGGAUCAGUCCUUUAUGGCACAGGGUCCCAUGGACCCCAUGGCAGCUACUCUAGCUGGUCUGCAGAAAACCAUCGACAUGAUGGCGCAGUAUAUGGUCCACCCUCCACAGCAGCAGCAGUCCACCGCAUCAAGAGGGGAACCUUACAAACAGAUCAUAAAUUUCAAGAAGUUGGUGCCUGGUACUUAUGAUGUGUCAGACGAUGCAUAUCGGUUUUUGGAUUCCUGCAGACAGGCAGGAACAGAAUUACAGUUGACUGAUAGAAGACUGAUAGAGUGUAUGCAACAUGUCAUGGGGCCUAUGCCUAGACAAUGGAUGAAUGACUAUGUGUUACCCCGGAUGGAGGGCUUGACAUGGGCUCAGUUUGUGGAACUUUUUAUCAAUCGGUUUGUGCCAGAAAGCUUCAGAGAUCAGAAGCAGUGGGCCUUUGAGGCCUUAAGACAGAAUGGUAGGUCUGUAGAUGAAUAUGCUACAGAAUUUCUGGAAUUGAGCAGAUAUGCCCCUACAGCAGUAUCUACAGAGACUAUGAAGGUGAAAAGAUUCCUAAAGGGGCUUGACAGGAGGUAUGCAAACCUGGCCAUGAUGUCUGGUCAGUCUUUUGAUGUGGUGGUUGAUCGAGCCAGACAGAUUGAGAUUAGCUAUGCUGUGGAUGACAGCGGAAGAGCAAAGAAAAACAGAGCAGAGGGUUCUUCAGGUGUUCCCCAAAUGGGUACUCCGGAUAGUAGUGGCCAGAGUAAUUACAGAGGAAAGGGUAGGAGCAAGAGAAGUGGUUUUAGACACAGACCACGAGGAUCUGCACUGUGCGGAUCCGGCGGUGGUCACGAUUAG